CAAGAAAAACUGAUUUAAUUUGAUUUCCAUGUAUCAAAAUUGAACGAGGAAAGAACAGUUUAAUCUACCUAGCUUGCAAGCAAAGAUAUGGAUAGGCUUAUUUCUUUAGAGCCAUCUAACCUUGUUGUUAUCGGGGUUGAACCAGGCCAGAAAUGUUCCGGCCAGCUCACGCUUCGCAACGUUAUGUACACGAUGCCGGUCGCGUUUCGGAUCCAACCGAGGAAUAAGGACCGGUACACGGUGAAGCCGCUCACGGGAAUUGUAGCGCCACUCGGGACGGUAACUGUGGAGAUUGUGUAUCAUCUCCCUCUAGGUUCGUUUCUUCCGGAUUCGUUCCCUUGCAGUGAUGAUUCUUUCCUCUUGCAUAGCGUGGUGGUUCCAGGAGCUGCGAUCAAGGGUUCGAUGUCGAGUUUCGAUGCCGUUCCGAAUGAUUGGUUUACGACGAAGAAGAAACAAGUGUUUGUUGAUACUGGUAUCAAGAUCAUGUUUGUUGGUUCACCUGUUUUGGCUCAACUUGUUAUGGAUGGUUCCAUGGACGAUGUAAGAGAAGUACUGGACCGGAGUGACCCGGCGUGGAAUCCAGCCAAUUCAGUUGAUCAACAGGGAGAAACCUUACUCCAUAUUGCGAUAGCUCAGAGCAGACCUGAUAUUGUUCAAUUACUGCUUGAAUUCGAGCCCGAUAUUGAGCUUCGUAGCCGGUUAGGUUCGACCCCGCUUGAGGCCGCUGCAGGGAGUGGUGAAGAAUUGAUUGUUGAGCUUUUGUUGGCACAUAAGGCUAGCACAGAACGGUCCGAGUUGUCUAGUUGGGGUCCGAUUCACCGAGCGGCGGUGGGUGGCCAUGUCGAGGUACUCCGACUUCUUUUUCUUAAAGGGGCUAAUGUUGAUGCCCUUUCAAAGGAUGGCAACACAGCCUUACAUCUAGCAGUUGAGGAAAGAAGAAAAGAUUGCAUCCGUCUACUAUUAGCCAAUGGCUCGAAACCAGAUGUUCGCAAUACGAAAGAGGGUGACACUCCGUUACAUAUCGCGGCCGGAUUAGGAGACGAGCAAAUCGUGAAGUUGUUGCUUCAAAAGGGAGCAAACAAAGAUAUUCGGAACAAAACAGGUAAAACUGCCUAUGAUGUUGCGGCCGAAUACGGUCACGUACGACUUUUUGACGCGCUCAAGCUUGGUGACAGCUUGUGUUUCGCUGCUCGAAAAGGUGAAGUGAGAUCCAUCCAAAGGCUGAUCGAAAACGGUGCGGCAAUCAACGGAAGAGAUCAACAUGGAUGGACAGCCUUACAUAGAGCCUCGUUCAAAGGAAGAAUCGAUGCCGUAAAGACACUGAUCGAUAAGGGAAUUGACAUCGACUUAAAAGACGAAGAGGGAUACACUGCUUUGCAUUGUGCUGUCGAGUCGGCCCAUACUGAUGUGGUAGAAUUGUUGGUAAAGAAAGGAGCAGAUGUGGAAGCAAGGACUAAAAAAGGUGUUACCGCCCUGCAAAUUGCAGAUUCAUUACACUAUGCUGGCAUUAGCAGGAUACUAAUCCAUGGCGCUGCAACAAAAGAUGGUAUGCCUCGAUCUACUUUGCCAGUUUCGGUACCAUUCGGAAAUGGAAAAUCGGGAAAAGAAAUUGAAACAAAGACAGCACCGUUGAAGAGGAGAAACUCAAGGAUGAGAGGCUUGCGCGGUAGCUUCGAUAGAUCAUUACCAUUGGCAGUGGUAUAGGAAAUUUUUUUCUUGCUUCAUCACAAAUCUUUGAGAACUUAAAUGGAUUCUUUUGAUUUUCGAGUAUAAAUAAUAUAUAUAUGUAUAUAUAUUUUGGAAAAUAGUUAUUCAUCAAUUGGACAUGUUCAUUGUAAGUAAUUUACAAAUGAAAAAUCAAACAGUGUAAUAAAAUAUGUGAUUUUUUAUGUUUGUAUAAAAAUCGCUUUAUCUAUCAGAAUAACAAAAUCA